AUGGGGCAGAGAAGCCCAAAAGGUUGGGGUCAGGUCCUGCUGACCCGGGCCGUGCAAACCCUGCGGGAGCGCCAGCCCCGCGGCUGCCAAUGGGUCUACCGGGGGGUCUGAUGGAUUACCUUCACCGCCGAGGUUGGCCAGUCCGUGCGCUUCGGGCACUUCAUCUCCAGCUCCUCCAGCGCGCAGGAAGCCGAGAAGUUUGGCCAGGACACCUUCUUCACAGUGCACACCUGCCACGGGGUCCCCAUCAAGGAGCUCUCCCAGUUCCCCUCCGAGGAGGAGGUUCUCAUCCCGCCCUUCGAGACGUUCAGGGUCACCGGUGUCACCCUCCAGAAAGGCAGAGCCUCCAUCUCCCUCAGCUCCACCGGCACGUCCAGCAACCACAACUGCGAGCUGGUGGAAG